AUGAAGAUAUGUUAUGUAGGGAAAGCAACAAAAAUCUUCAUCUUCAUAGUGACAGUGUUGGUGGCUCUAGGUCUAGUCUUGGGAUUCGGGCUCAUCCGUCACGGCCACAAAAACUCCCACAAAUGCUCCGGCGAUUCUUGUUCAUCCCUUGUCUUCCCCACACCGCCACCACCCUCCUCUUCUUCCUCUCCCCUCAUUGGCUCUUCUAACCCGCCACCCUCUCCUACAUCUAACCCGCCACCAGCUGCCGAUCCUACCACCAGUCCACCUGCUCCUCUUACCACAAACCCAAAUCCUCCUCCACAAUUCCCUCCCCUUCUGCUCCUUCGCCGCCUGCUUCAACUGCUGUGUCGGCGCCGCCGCCCUCAAGUCAGCCUUCGCCGGUAUUGUUGGCUCCAGGUCCUGUGCAUGCUUAGGUUAGCUGGUUAG